AUGCAAGAGCACAUUCGCCGCGCCCAUCCAGAACACUACAUUUCGAAGCUCCCAGCGACCGAGGAAAGCUUUCUGCUCAUGAUCAACACCCCUCCGUCCGAACGUCCACCAAUGCAGCCAAGCGCAACUUCUGUUCCUCAGGGUUCGUCCCUCUCAGUCCAGGGCUAUCCCCCAAAGAUUGACCAUCUUCAAGGCUUCAAUCACGAUCAUCACAUGUACGACAACAGCAACCCGGGUACGCCCCGGACCAUGGACGAUCACGCCGUCGGUUCCAUGCUCCCUGCCGCCAGUGCCGCUGCGGCAUUGGCUCAGCUGCAUGGCCACAAAGUCGAACCCGAGUGGGAGGAAAUGGGGUGGCACUCAGACACUGAAGGACGCCGCAUUCCAAGAACAUCAAUUGAGCUGCCUCCUUUGCACUUGGCGAAUAACGACAUCACUAGCGAACCAUUUCCAGCAAUGAACUCGAGUCGACCGCGGGAUAUACUCCCGUCAAUCCUAGCAAAUUCACCCCCCGGUCGCUCUUCAACAUUACCCCCAAUCCAGCGGCCUGUGGGACCUGCCCGACCAAGGAAGCAGUCCGUCAGCAAGAGAGGACGAGAGGCGCACCACAAAAAGCAGAAAUCCCGCGGCUCGGCAGCAGACUGGCUUCGGCGGAUCCAGAACGAUGAACGGCUUAGACCAGGUAACAAUGACCGUAAGGCGUUAUCGGCUGAACCUUCUGCAGACUAUGGGAAGAGGUGGGAAGAUCUCAUCGAUGCCGCCGACCAGGCUGCAUCGGCUGCCGGCGACAUCGAUGAGGACAGGACUCCAGUAAGAAACACUACGACACUGGCAGCGGCACAUUUUCUGACCGUUAUCCAGAUGCCCCAAUCACCAGUUUCUAUUCACAGGGCUUCCUUGCCCCCAUUUCAACACCAUGGAUUCCAAGCAGCAACAGCUGGCGGGAGCUAUCAAGCCUCGCCACUGCAGCAGGCCUUGACCCCGCCAUCCUACAGCCAGGACACAAUUGACCCAUUUCCUUCGGUUGAAAGCGGUGAAAGCGGGGAGAACUUUCAUAUCGAGUCGCGAGGCCUAUCGGAUUCAUCACCAAGUUAUUCUUCUCAGAAUACCCAGAUCUACUGCGCAGCCUGUCAGAGCGUUUCACUUCUCAAAGACUCAUACGCCUGCACGGAAUGCAUCUGCGGUCUGUGCCAGGCAUGUGUCGACGUUCUUAUGGCAGAGCAGGGGGCACGCCGCAAAUGCCCCCGUUGCGCAACAAUCGGCGGCCGGUUCAAGCCUUUCCAGCUUGACAUCCGGUGA